CAUUGACCUUGGUGUUUGAGACAAUGGAUGGAAUGAAUCACUCCACAGUAUCAGAGUUUGUGUUCCUUGGACUCACCAAUUCAUGGAAGAUUCAGCUUCCCCUUUUUGUCUUCUCCUGUUUGUUCUACUUGGGUGGCAUGAUGGGAAACCUUGUCAUUGUGUUCACUAUAACCUUCGAUGCUCAUCUACACUCCUCUAUGUAUUUCCUCCUGGCUAACCUCUCAGUCAUUGAUAUGUUUUUUUGCUCAAUCACAGCCCCUAAAAUGAUUUAUGACAUUUUCAAGAAGCACAAACACAAAGCCAUCUCCUUUUGUGGAUGUAUUACUCAGAUCUUCUUCACUCAUGCUGUUGGGGCCGCUGAGAUGGUACUGCUCAUCACUAUGGCCUUUGAUAGAUAUGUGGCUAUAUGUAAACCUCUCCACUACCUGACUAUCAUGAGUCCAAGAAUGUGUCUAUACUGUUUAGUCACUUCCUGGAUUGUUGGCUUUAUCCAUUCAUUGAUUCAAUUAGUUUUUGUGGUAGAUUUGCCUUUUUGUGGCCCUAAUGUAUUGGACAGUUUUUACUGUGACCUUCCUCGACUCCUUAGACUUGCCUGCACAAAUACACUAGAACUGGAGUUCAUGGUUACUGUCAAUAGUGGGCUUAUUUCUGUGGGAUCUUUUGUCUUGCUGGUCAUUUCCUACAUAUUUAUUUUGUUCACUGUUUGGAAGCACUCUUCAGGUGGUUCAUACAAGGCCCUCUCCACUUUGUCAGCUCAUAUCAUUGUGGUGGUUUUGUUCUUUGGGCCCCUGAUGUUUUUCUACACAUGGCCUUCUCCCACAUCACACCUGGACAAAUAUCUUGCUAUUUUUGAUGCAUUUAUCACUCCUUUUCUGAAUCCAGUCAUCUAUACAUUCAGGAACAAAGAAAUGAAAAUGGCAAUAAAGAGAUUGUGCAGUCGUCUUGUGCGUUACAGGAAGAUUUCAUAAAUGAAUUGGUUUUGAUGAUAUGGAACUAUAGAUUCUCCCUCA